ACAUAGAAUAGAAAACUACUGAGGUAUCGGAUACGCCAUUUUGUAAAAUCGAUCCAAUUCUGCAGAAUAAGUUUGACAGAUACGUGGUACGUGCUACCUAUAUAAGUAUCGUAAUAGAAUCGUCUGGACAUACGAUAGCGAAACUUCGCAGGAAAACUUGUGUAUCGUGCAAAAUAAUAGCUUUUGUGUAUUUUUGCAAAUAGUGCAUAUUUCAUUCUCAGUUGUACAAGAUAAAUAUAAAUUCAAUAAUGUAUAAAAUAUGUUUGCAAAACAAAGACUCUACUGUCGUAGCAAUUCGGAAAUAUAAUGGCCCACAGUAUGAAUGUUUCGACGAUUUUUGUGUAAAACUCAAGUCAACAUUUCCAGAAUUAUCUAAGAAGAAAUUCAUCGUUUCCUGGCAAGAUGCUGAGGGUGAUGAAAUCGUAAUAUCAUCUAACGAAGAAUUAGAAAUUGCUCAAAAAGAAAUGUUUUCCCCAAAAAAAUUUAACGUCAAACUUGUUUCACAUAAGCAAGAAAUACCAAAUUCCAAGAAGGAUAAUAAAGCAAUUCAUUUUGGUGUAUGUUGCGAUGGUUGUGAUGGAGACAUAAUUGGAUUUAGAUACAAAUGUAUUCAAUGUGAAGACUAUGAUUUAUGUGCACAAUGUGAGAAAACAAUGAGACAUUCGCAUCAUUAUAUGAUUCGUAUGCCACAACCAUUACAAUGGCAUCAUACUCGAAGUUUGAUUCACCAUUUGAGAAAAAUUCUAAAAAAAAAUGGUGUGCAUUUGAAUAAGAAACAUGCUUCUAAUGAAAAUACAUCCCAGCCUACAUCUCAAGGAAUUCAUAAUAGCAUUUAUCCUUGGUUGGAAAGUUAUGCCCCAUAUUUAAAUAACAUUAUUGAUACAGUAUUAGAAACAUCUAUUGGUCCAGAGCCUUUUAAGAAUCACAAGCCUGAGAAAGAAGAUGAAUCUAACAACGAUACACAUACAUCUAACAAUGAUACACAUACAUCUAACAAUGAUACACAUACAAAUGAAAAUGAUUCCAGAAAAUUUCCUGGAGAAGGAAGAAAACUACUUGAUGAUACUAAAGACGAUAAAGGAUCAAUAUCAGAUGUUGCAUCAACUACUAGUCAAGACAAUUCUACUAUAAAAGUAGUGGCAGAUGAAUGGACUAUUAUAGAUAAAAAUGAUACUACUGAAAUUAAUCAAACGUCCUCAACUUCAUUUAAUGGGAAAGGAAUACGUAUAAAACAGAUUCCGUCUUCUUCAACUGCACCAUCAGCACUGGAAGGAUCUUCAACCCAAACACUGUACCCUGAGUUACCAAAAGAAAAGAAGGUAGUACAUCAUGAGAAUCCAAGAAUUAACGAAGCUAUUGAAACUAUGUUAAAGAUGGGAUUCUCAAAUCAAAGUGGACUAUUAACUUAUUUGUUGGAUGCUGAAAAUGGAGACAUUAAUAAAGUCUUAGAGAUAUUGCAGCCUACAAAUAAGUAAACGUCAAAUUUAGAAUUUGAUGAAAUUUUUCGUAUGUAGUUGACGUUUUCUUUUAUAAAAUAAGAGUAGAUACGAAGAGUGUUAUAUUACGUAAUCGUAUAUAUUAUUAUUACAAAUA